AUGGGUGAUAUUUCCAUAUUGAUGAAUAAAUUUUGUGUUAAAUCAUGUGAAUGCCGAGUUUUGUCAGUUGAUUUUCUUCGCGAUAUCAUAUCAAGCGCUGUUGUCGUCCCUACCAUACUUUCGAUGCACAACAACAUUCGCCAUACCGUCAACUGUUUUGUUUUAUGUCCUCAUCAGCCGGGAACUUCUGGGAUCCAGUCUUCUAGCAUCGAAAAACAGUUUCGUUUCGGAUCAACAACUUCAAGAAGUGGUUAUUCCACGCCUGGCGGUUACUCCAGUUAUAGUUCAUCACCUGAUCGAGUUGGUUGUUUCACGGCUGUACGAAUGUCUGCGUGGGCGAAGCUUUCACGUUUUGUUCGACGAUUCAUGCAUUUCAAGCAGAUGGACUUCGAGUUCGCCUCAUGGCAGAUGCUAUACUUGCUAAUUCAACCACAAAAAGUGUAUAGAAAUUUCCUCUACAGGAAGCGUACCAAGGACCAGUUUGCACGUGACGACCCAGCUUUUCUCGUUCUUCUUUCGCUCUCUCUGUUGUUCUCUUCGGUCUUCUACGCCGUCGCCUUGGGACUUCCUCUUUGGGGAUUUGUUAAAUUCUUUCUCUGGGUGGUCUUCAUUGAUUGUAUUGGUGUUGGACUUGUCGUAGCGACGAUUCUUUGGUGGUCAUCGAAUCGAUUUUUACGGAAGGUGCAAGAUCAAGACGUGGAGUGGGGGUAUUGUUUCGAUGUUCAUCUUAACGCCUUCUUUCCAAUGCUCAUUUUAUUACACGUUCUUCUUCCAAUAAUCUACCCAACUUUGGUUGAUUCACCCUCCUUCUUGUCUAUUGCUCUUGGAAAUACAAUUUGGUUCCUCGCAGCUGUUUAUUAUGUGUAUAUCACUUUUCUCGGGUACACAGCCUUGCCAAUCUUGCAUCGUACGCAAUACUUCCUGUAUCCAAUGACGUUCCUGUUUAUCUCAUGGGUCGCGACAAUCACAGCCGGAUGGAACAUUUCUCAAAGCGCCAUGGGAUUCUACCACUACAGAGUGCGCUCACACGACGAAAUCAAUCAUUCCAUGUAG